AUGCAGUCUUUUGACUUUUGCGAUAGUCCUGUCUCUGUCAACAACGCGCUGAGGUGUAGGCCCGAAGAGAUCCCUGGGCUUUCCCCGCUGACUCUGCCCGACUAUGGAGGCCAAAACUCCCACUGCAGGACUCUCUUCUCCCCUGGUCCCAACACAGUCCUGUCCCCUGUCACUACUCUGGCUCUGGACAUGAACAACCUAGCAGGACUCGGAAGCCAAUCUGAUACCCCCAAAAGGAAAAGGCACCCACCACUCGAAAAGAUCCCCUCUUUUGCAUCUGAUACAUCAUCUGACGCUGGUCUUGGCAUGGAUCCCCCAAGUCCAGUGGAUUCUGAAAUUGAGGACUCUUUUGAACGGGCCAUCAAACAGUCAUGCAAGAUCGUCAAUGAUAGGAUGCCAAUCCGGAGAAACAAUUCGUUACCUGUCCAACUGCUCAGCUACAGCCCGUGUGCAAAGGGGCAGGAAUCCGAUUCACAUCGUUACGGUAUAUUUGGCCAACAACCCUCUCAGAUCCCAAUGUCUUCGAAACUCUGCAACAAGGAAAAUGUGCCUGAGGGCUUUGAGUUCAAAAAACCCACUCGACCUGUGUCCCGGGGUCGCAUGCGCUCCUUCCAUGACGGGAAGGGCAAGGACACUCUUUCUCGGCGACCAAACUCUGCUCCAGCCCUCAUGUUUGCCUCACCCCCUCGUGUGCAGCAGCCAGACUUUGACUCCAGCCCCUCGUUUCACAGACGCUCAGACGAUGAGGACGAUGGCUUCUUGGAAAUUAUGGAUGACAACAUGGAGAGUGGUUGUGGGAUGCCUUUGGGAAUGGCUAGUCUUCUCACUGCACCUCUUGUUGGCGACAAUAAUGCAGAGGAUUCACCAAUAAUCCGAUGUCGGCCCAGAAGCCUGUUCCGUUCCCCGUCCAUGCCCAGCCCGGUGUGCCGCCCCUCAGCGAAGCGGCCCGACUGCCCCGGGGACGAGACCACUCCUGUGCGGGUGAAGAGGAGGCGCAGUCUGGCAGGAACACAGGUCUCCACCACGGAGCAGGACAUGGAGUCUCCACGACAGAGCUGUUUGUUGCAGCGCUCCAAAUCCUGUUGCCAGACCGACAUCGAGAGGCUGCUGGAUGGGGAGGAAGGCUCCGCGGACCUCAUCGGCGACUUCACCAGACCAUACGUGCUUCCUACUGUGAGUGGAAAACAUCAAGACCUAAAGUACAUUACCCCAGACAUGAUGGUGGCAGCUCUCAACGGCCAAUUCAAUCAUGUGGUCGAGCAGCUCAUUGUGAUCGACUGCCGUUAUCCUUACGAGUUUGAUGGAGGACACAUCAAGGGCGCUCUGAACCUGCAUCAGGAGGAGCAGGUGGAGGACUUCCUGAUGAAGAGGCCCAUCAUAUCGAGCAGCGGGGAAAAGCGUGUGGUGGUGGUGUUUCACUGCGAGUUCUCGUCAGAACGUGGCCCCAGAAUGUGCCGCUUUGUCCGCGAGCGCGACAGAGCCAUGAACGAAUACCCCAAACUCUACUACCCCGAGCUCUACAUCCUGAAGGGGGGCUACAAGGACUUCUACCCGGGAUUCCAGGUCCAGUGCGAGCCCCAGUCGUACCGUCCAAUGCUACAUGAAGACUUCAAGGAGGACCUGAGGAAGUUCAGGGUGAAGAGCCGCACGUGGGCCGGCGAGCGCAGCAAACGAGACAUGUACAGCCGCCUCAAGAAACUGUGA